AUGGCUUCGACGUCGGAUAUUCAACUGGCCUCUGUGGCUGCUGGGUUUACCCUCGGGUUUGGGUUCUUGACAGUCUGGAAAGCGAUCCAACAUACCGUGAGAAACCGAAGACCAUGGAAGAGCCUGUACAUCUACAUGAUUUGGGGAGAAAUCGCGGCCAACCUGAGCAUCGGCAUUAUCGGAUGGGUGUUUCUCGACGGCAUAAUAGGACCCUCGCUACCCGUUCUAUUCUUCUUCUUGUUCUUAUGGGUAUUCGAAAUCCAGCUUCUCAUGCAAAUUAUCGUCAACCGAAUUGCGAUCAUUGCCGAGAAUGAAAAUACAGUAUGGAGGUUGAAAUGGGGAACUGCAGCCAUUAUUACCUGCAUCAACAUUGCAGUCUUCUGCAUCUGGAUCCCGGCCCAUACCGCACCCCCAGCCAGCGAACUCUAUGUUCGUAUCAACGAGAUCUGGGAUCGCAUUUCCAAGAUUCUCAUCUUAUUUGUCGACGCCGGCCUCAACUACUACUUUCUACGCACGGUCAAGCAGCGCCUCGUCCUGCAGCACGGACUGAGCAAGUAUGCUCCUCUCGUCAGCUUCAACGCCAAGCUCAUGAUAGUAUCUAUCUUGAUGGAUGCAAUGCUCAUCGGUCUCAUGUCCCUGCCAAAUCAAGUCGUCUAUAUCCAGUUUCAUCCUGUCACCUACAUGGUCAAGUUGAACAUUGAGAUGGAAAUGGCGGAACUCAUUACCAAGCUGGCGAAGGGAGAGAAUUCCGACAUGAAACUACCAUCUACGUCUGGCCACCGGACGCAAGCCAAUGAAGAAGAAGAAGAAGAGCGAAGUCAGGUUCCUCACCAUUACAGGAUGCAGUCUAUUCACAGAAGCAAGCCCUCUGCCGAAGAUUCUUCGUCCAUCGAAGACGACAUGGGCCAGUUUGACGAUUCAAAGGCUGCCAGUACUCGCGGCAUUUUGGAUGGAGGUAUCCAAGUGGAAACGGUCAUAUCUUCGCGGACAUCCCGCAAUUCGAGGAUUGCUAACGGUGGAGGAAUGGGUAUGAAUCGAGGCUCAGAUGAUGAGCUGCCUCUGUCGUAUCCUGUGAGGUGA